AUGAACAGCACAUUCAAAUUCAUAGGUGUAACCUCUCUAGGCCUAUACACAGGCCUCUCCUACACCCUCAGCGCCCUAACCCUCCCAACGCUCCUCACCCUCCCCUCCGCAACCAGCGCCUCCCGCGCAACAGCCCUCCUAACGCACACCUCGCUCCUCCAUCUGCGGUCCCUCGCAGGCAUAUCGCUCUCCUCCUUCCUCCUCUCCUACCUGCUCUCGCCCCGCAACGCAAAACAUCCGUAUCUGCUCUGGACAUCAUUACUCGUCGCCUCUUCAUCCGUCAGCGAACUGCUUCUCGCGCCUACGAAAUAUACUGCCGCGAGAAACGUGAAGGGGAAGGGCAAGGCGAAGGCGAAGCGGCAGAUGGAUUCGAGUUAUGAGGUUUUAGGCGCUAGUGAUCAGAGUGAGGAGGAGGUGGAGGAGGUGGAGGAGGUGAACGGCGAGGAGGUCCGGGAGAGGAUUACGGGGUUCAUGAAGAGUCAGGUGCUCCGGACUGCUAUUUCGGCGGUGGGGUUUGCGGUUAGUGUGGUGGGGAUUUGGGGGGAUGGGGUUAAUCGGGUUGUUUAUGUUGAGGUUUAG